AUGGCAGACGCAGACUUGAAAUCCCUCCUGACAUGCUCCAUCUGUUUGGAUACCUUCUCAGAGCCAGUGUCUCUGAGCUGCCACCACAGCUUCUGCAGAGACUGCCUCCAAAAGGACUGGGCCCAGGAGAAAAGCAGGAGGCAGCAGCUCUCAGACCCUUCAGAGCAGCAGAAGCAGAAGGAGAAGGAGAAGGCCCUAGCAGAGACUGAGGCGAGGAGAGAGGAGGAUCCUACAGCCUGGGGUCAGACUCUGGGGCCACAGUGCCUGGUCCACCCUCAGGUCGUCCUUGUCUUCUGUCUGGACGAGGCCCGGAGCUUCUGUGCCCUCUGUGAACCAUCUGAGCACAAACAUCACACGGUGGUGAAUGAGGAGGAGGCCGAGCGGAGGCUGAAGGCCUCUCUGCAAUCACAGCUGCAGACUCUGGAGGAGCAGAGACGCAGCUGUAAAGACCUGCAGCAGGAAUGCGCCAGAUCUCACAGUGCUGUGUUCGACAAUCUGCGCCGUCACCUGCAGGAGCAGCAGGACACUGCACUGAGAGCUCUGAGAGAGGAGCAGGACAGACAGAGUCACCUCCUCAAGACUCUGAUGGAAACGCUCAGAGAGAAACUGUCCUCCGUGAACGACAGCAUCCAACAGCUGGAGAAACAUCUGCAGACACCAACACGGGACUUUCUCCAGAUGCUCAUACCUCCAGCAGUGCCCCCUGGACCUCCUCAUCCCACAGGGCUAAGACAGGACCAGGCCAUAGCUUCACUCCCCAAAGGACUCAUGCUGGACCAGGCCAUAGCUCCACUCCCCACAGGACUCAUGCUGGACCAGGCCAAAGUGCUUGGGAACCUGGGCUUCAGGGCCUGGAGGAGCUUGAGGAAAGCAGUAAAACACACUCCAGUCAUCCUGGACCCAAACACAGCAAAUAGAUGGCUGCAUCUGUCUGAGGACCUCUGUGGGGUGACUAACGGAGACCUGCACCAGGACCAGCUCCCUAAGAUCCCAGAGAGGUUCAGUACUUGUAGCAGCGUCAUGGGCUCAGAGGGCUUCAGCUCGGGGACACACCAGUGGGACGUGCAGGUGGGAGAUUAUCUUGUUUGGACCAUCGGAGUCGUCGCAGAGUCACACAAAAGGAAAGAAUGUGUACCUGGGACUCCGAGAAAUGGAAUGUGGCAUCUAGCACACAAAAACGGUAGCUACACAGUCUGUGCUAAAGCUGUGAGUGUGGAGAAGAGUCCAGAGAAGAUCAGGGUCAAACUGGACUACGACAGAGGAAAAGUGUCUUUAUACGACCCAGACCCCAUGACCCACGUGUACACAUUCACAGACACCUUCACAGAGAAGAUCUUUCCAUUCAUUGGCCUCGCAAAAAGUAAAGGAUCCAAAACCAAAGAGAUCCGCAUCUGUGAGACUCCAGACGAUUAA